AUGGCGUCAGUGAUACAAGUACCGGUGCACCUAUUUCAACGCUACUUUUUGCUGGAGAAGCUGCCGGGCGCCACGGUGAGCGACCUCGACUUCGACACUAGGGUCACCACCACUCUCCAGCGCAUCCGGCACCACCGGUGGCUGAGAGGCGACGUCGCCCACUACACUUUCCUCGCCGCGGUGAACCUAUUCGUGUUCACCGUGUUCCCGGCGCCGGUGUUGGCUAAGUUGGUGGUGUUGGCAUUUUUCGCUCUUAUUUUCAUGAUCCCCCUCACCCUGCAAUUUUUCUUCAAUGCAUUGCCAAUCUUGACGUGGUUGGCGCUUUUUUUCACUUGUCUGAAGAUCCCCAACUCAUGGAAGCCGCUGAUCUCAGUGCAGGUGUUGCCCGCUCUCGAAACCAUCGUCUACGGCGACAAUUUGAGUGCGGUGCUCGCUACCAUCAAUAACCGCGUGUUCGACGUCAUGGCGUGGUUGCCCUACGGUAUCAUCCACUUUUCCGUGCCGUUCAUCGUCGCUGCGCUCAUCUUUUUGUUUGCGCCGCCCACUGCCUUGAGAGGCUACGCCUUUGCCUUUGGCUACAUGAACUUGGUCGGGGUGUUGAUCCAGUUGUGCUUCCCCGCCGCGCCUCCUUGGUACAAGAUCAGAAACGGCCUUGAACCCGCCAAUUACUCGAUGCAAGGGUCGCCGGGUGGGUUGGGCCGCAUUGACCAGUUGUUGGGAGUCGACAUGUACACCACCGCGUUCAGCAACUCGCCGGUAAUCUUUGGCGCCUUCCCGUCGUUGCACUCAGGGUGCGCCGUGAUGGAAGUGUUGUUCAUGUGCUGGGUGUUCCCGCGCGCCCGCGUACUCUGGUGGACGUACGCCUGCUGGUUGUGGUGGCUGACGAUGUACUUGACUCACCACUACUUCAUCGACUUGAUCGGCGGGGCGGUGUUGCUGUUGCUGGUGUUUAUGUAUACCAAGUACGUGCACUUGCCGGUUAUGGACCAACUGAAGUGGUGCCGGUGGCUGUACGACUCCGUUACCAAGAUCAACAUGGUGCAGGAAGAUCCUCUCACGCUGGACUUCGUCCUGGUGGGGAUGGGGUCGCCGCGUGACUUGGAAGUGGGGUUCUCCGACCUGAUGGAAAUGGUACUGCUUGCGCGGUCGCGGUCGCAACGCACGGCGCUGCCGCCGAACGAGCGGGUCCACCUGCCGGUGGCCUUGGUGGCGCCGGCGGCGUUCGAAGAGGCGCUGGAGGUGCUGCUGUUGGACAACCUGGCGCUGCCGCUGGUGUUUGACGACUACCAAAAUCAGAUCCUGCUGGCGACGCUGGUGACGCUGCUUGAAGAAUUGGCGUCGCAGUACGAAGGCACCACCCCCGCUGGCGUCAAGACGAAAUUGAGAUGA